GACAGACCAGCAACCUGUCACCACAGCGUUUAGAGCGCAGACCUAACAGAGUUACUAUACCGGGAAACUGGAACGGACAGGGCUCCGGGAUGUCUCCGAUGUCUCGUCCGUGAGAAACCACAUAAGGAACUAUCGAAACAGACACUGCAAAGCGCGGCAAGAGUUUUAAUUGCAAGGAAAAUCUGGAUAUAACAGUUCCUUUAAUUAUUUCCGUUGGAUACGUUGUUUCCAACUUUGCUUGACGGGUCGGAGUGGACUACCAACUGUGCUUCCAGUGGAGAGUUUCGUCUUGGCGAGACAGGAGCGGAUAUAAACAGCCGCUGACCGCGCACUCUGAAGUGGACUAAUCUUUCCCCAGCACCCGAUGGACUAGCCUACCAGGUAACGCCCGGAACCCAAUUAGUUGAUCAAUUUGGAUUCUUAGCGGGAUUACUUUGGACCUUUCCCCCCCUCGUAACAAUGAGUCGGGCUGUGUGCACUCUUGCGGCGGUAGCGCUCUCCCUCGCGCUGCUGUGCGGUCCAGGAUCCAUUGGUCUGGUGCGUGCAUUCGGCGACGAGACAGAGGAGAUGACGUGCGACCCGAUACGCAUCGCCAUGUGCCAGGACCUGGGCUACAACGUCACCAAGAUGCCCAACCUGGUGGGCAACGUCCUGCAGUCAGACGCCGAGCUCCAGCUCACCACCUUCACACCACUCAUACAGUAUGGCUGCUCCAGCCAACUGAAGUUCUUCCUGUGUGCGGUGUACGUACCCAUGUGUACAGACAAGGUUCCCAUCCCCAUCGGGCCGUGUGGCAGCAUGUGUCUGUCUGUCAAGAGGAAGUGUCUGCCAGUCCUAAUAGAGUUCGGCUUCGUCUGGCCAGAGCUGCUCAACUGCAGCCUGUUCCCCCCUCAGAACGACCACAACCACAUGUGUAUGGAGGGUCCAGGGGAUGAGGAGGCCCCUUUCCACCCGGUCCGACCCCUGCCCCCCCAGGAGGAGGAGUGCCAGGCCCUGGGGGCCGGGCCAGACCAGUAUGCCUGGGUGAGGCGGAGCCACAGCUGUGCACUGCAGUGUGGGUAUGACGCGGGGCUGUACCGGCGCGAGGCCAAGGUGUUUACAGACGUGUGGAUGGCAGUGUGGGCGGUGUUGUGUUUCCUCUCUACCACCCUGACCGUCCUCACCUUCCUCCUGGACUCAACACGUUUCUCCUACCCUGAGAGACCCAUCAUCUUCCUCUCCAUGUGCUCCAACCUCUACAGCGUGGCCUACCUGGUGCGCCUGACUCUGGGUCGGGAGCGUGUGUCCUGUGACCUGGAGGAGGCAGCGGUACCUGUUCUGGUACAGGAGGGGUUAAAAAGUACUAGCUGUGCCAUUGUCUUCCUCCUGCUCUACUUCUUUGGCAUGGCCUCCUCGUUGUGGUGGGUGAUUCUGACUCUGACCUGGUUCCUGGCUGCAGGGUUAAAGUGGGGUCACGAGGCCAUUGAGAUGCACAGCUCCUACUUCCACAUAGCAGCCUGGGCAAUCCCCGCCAUCAAGACCAUCGUCAUCCUCAUCAUGCGACUAGUAGAUGCUGAUGACCUCACUGGGCUGUGCUACGUGGGUAACCUCCAGCAGGAGGCAGUGACGGGUUUCGUGGUCGCCCCGCUCGCUGCAUACCUCCUCAUCGGCACUCUGUUUAUCUGCGCCGGCUUGGUGGCCCUGUUUAAGAUCCGCUCCAACCUGCAGAAGGACGGGGCCAAGACAGACAAGCUGGAGCGUCUGAUGGUGAAGAUCGGGGUGUUCUCUGUGCUGUACAUGGUACCUGCGUCCACCGUGAUAGGCUGCUACCUCUACCAGCUGUCCCACUGGGGGGACUUCAGGGCCAGUGCCAGGGACUCGUAUGUGGCAGCAGAGAUGCUGAGGAUCUUUAUGUCUCUGCUGGUGGGCAUCACGUCGGGCAUGUGGAUCUGGUCGGCCAAGACCCUCCACACCUGGAAACGCUGCUCUGCCCGGCUGUGGAGAGACGGUCGGGCAGGGAGGGGCAAGCGGGCACCGGGGGACAGCUGGAUAAAACCUGGCAAGGGCAAUGAGACGGUGGUGUGAGUAGAGAGGGAGAGAAAGAGGGGAAGAUAGGAACUGGGUGGCUUUUUAAAGCAAACCUACCCCCAAACCCACUGCUAGUGCUACUACCUGAUGUAGGAGAGUGAAAGAGAGAAGGACAGACUGAUAAAUAGCCCCACUAAGCAGACAGUGGUCUCCUUUGCCCACGUUGUCUGUGGUUCUCUCCCUACUAGCAGACUAACCCACUGCCAGAGAAGAGACUGACCCUGUUGCCUACAGCAGACUAACCCACUGCCAGAGAAGAGACUGACCCUGUUGCCUACAGCAGACUCUGGGCUGAUCCAUAGAACCUUCUGACUUCAGACAGGUGUUUUAAAGGUUGAAUUUACACUGGAGUCAUGGUCCAGAUGAUGUACAGAUCUAAACUACAGCCACACUGAAAUGCACUAUGACUAGCUGAUGUGGAUGUAGCUUGGUUAACAUGCCUUAUGUGGAACGGGAGGCUGGGCUGCCCAGCCAGCCACACUCUGGAGGCUAUGAAGCUAUGCCACUGCAACGGCACCUGGGAUUUGUAGUGAAUUGACUCUAUGGUGCUGCAGCUAAGGCACCUGGGAAACGUAGCCCUAUGUCCUUUACCUCAGUGCUCAGCAAGCAGCACAGCUGACCUCCACCGACCUACACACAGUCUUAAUGAGGAAACAGACAUUCAACUAUGAACUCUGAACUAUAACCCUUGACCUUCUUCAGUCACUCAUGGAACCCUUAUGGAUGGCGGUCAGUAAUGAACUGGUGUAAGGUUAUUUCUGUAUUUCUUUUUACCGGUUUUGGAAGUGAAUUAAGGGUUAUUAUGAAUGAUGUUAGACAAUCAACCCCCAAAACAUAUUAUGCAAAUGCAAUAAUAAACAAACAGUGAAAACACACAGAGAGAGGAUCACACUCAUACAGUCUGUAGAGUUGCCCCUUAUGCAAUCCACUCCCAUCAAAUCUGCUGCAUCAGCUGAGUUGUUAUUGCAUUAAGCUGCAACCAUUACAACACACACAGCAGAGAGACAGUCAAAUACAACACACACACACACACACACACACACACACACACACACACACACACA